CGCUUCACUCCUCCCCGCUCCCUCCUGAAAGAUUCCGAACGAAAGAAAGAGUGAAGAGCUACAAAGCGUCAACCCAGCUUGUUAUAGAUUUUCUAAAAACUUAAACAUUGAGCUUGUAUCAGUAACACGUUAAAGUGAAUAUAGUGCAGCGCGUAAAGUUAGCCUUACUGCAUUAUCCCGUAAUAUUCUCUGUAGUCAUCAUCACCGAAUAUCAAGUUUGGAAAAUGCCGGCGAGCAACAUUGGUUCAUACCUGCAGGACGCCAGAAAUAAUUUCGACGCCGUGCGACCCGCCCCAAUUUGCACUGAUGCCAAUCAAUCAAUAGGCCAAUGUCAGAAUGUACAUAUAUCCACCAAUUGCUAUUAUGGUUACCACGAUCUAAAAAGAUCCGAAGACAACCACGUUGACACAGAUUGCGAAAUGAUGGAACUCCCAGAGAGAACGCCCUCCAAAACAACGACUUCAAGGAAGCGGAGCGCCGAUGAAGAUGAGUUUCCUCAACGCAAACGCAUCCGAGAAGAAGUACAAAGAGAGAAAACCAUUGAACCUGAGACAAAUGAGACAGUGAAAUUGGAUACAAGUGCCGAAGAUAUCAGUGUCAUGGAAUCAUUAUAUUGGAACAUUCACGGAGGAAAUAUUUUUCAUUUGAUACAGUGUCUGUGACUCCUAUUCAUGUGUGAUAUUUUUUAAGACUAAAAUUAUUGGGACUUUAAGAAAUAUAUGCUACUUUUUGUACACUUUAAAUAUGCUUAUGUUUCUUUAUAAUUAGUGUAAGUUUUUUAUUUUAAUAAAAGUAUAAUAGGUCAAAGGG